AUGGUCCAAGUUGUAUCAAGAUCCAAGAUCCGAGGGAUACCGUUGCGGCGAAAGAAGAACCAUUACUUGUGGCGACCGUUUGGAUUGGAUUAUCGUGUUUGGUUGCUCUGUGCGGUUGUUAGUGGAACCGUCUUCGUGGCCUAUAAUGUGGACUUUUCAUUCGACCUUGACAAGAGUGAAUUGGGGACAAAACUACGCAAGAAAAAAGAUUUGACACAUAUUGCUACAUCACAGGUCGAUGCGGACCUACCGGUAGUAGAUGCCACCAUCAAGAGGGAACUGAAGGAUCCCGCCGUUGACAAACCACAGCAUGAUAAUGCCCCCAUACUACCGGUACAACAACAGCAACAGCCAGAUCUGCACACCCAAAACGGCGUUUCCAACGGGAAUCCCAGCUUUCGCUAUGAGUACACAUAUGCACCCAAAGAGCUGCAGAAGAUUGAUGAUCCUUGGUCUGACUGGACUCCUUGUGAUCUUCAGUCUGCCUUUCAAACUGUAUGCCAUCCCAGGCCAGCCACAUGUACAUCAAUCAAAGAUGAUGUCUUGAACAAUCAUGGAAUUGGAAAUUCAUUGGAGGUUACCUACGUGAAGGUUGCCUCUGAGCUGAUGAAAGAAAAACCAGAUUGUGCUCCAAUAAUCAAGGACAUGCCAAUCAGGCCCACAGUCCUGCCUGGCACAUUUCUAUUUCGACUUUUGGAUUAUGUCAAAGAACCCACCGUGGUUGUGGCAAGUAGCAACCUUUGGAGAGAUCAAAAUGCUAAAUGCAUCACAUAUGCCAUUACUCAACCAAGAGAAGCAGUGGCAGAAAAGGUGCACAUUAUCCAAGAAAAAUAUCGACAACAUCCUGAAAUAGCUGGCAAACAGUAUCCACUUGUAGCCAUUCAUCUACGGACUGGAUGGAGUGAUGAAAUGCAAAGGAACAAAAAUGGAUGGGAUGCCUUGGGAUCCUGCCAAGAUUAUCGGGAUCAGUUUCCUGUUGACGUGGCUUUCCAUGCCGUCAGUGAUGUGGCAUUGAAGGACAUGCUGUUGGAUGCUGCAGCUGCUGCAGAUCGUGCUUUUGGGGGUACUGGGAAAUGGAGAUUGUAUGUUGCCAGUGAUGCCCCAGGGAUUCGAAAGUACGUGCAACAUUUGCUUCAAACAAGGGUGGUGGGACCUGUAGUCUGGCAUGAAGGUCGCAUUGGACACAAUUACCUAGGAGGAAUGGCAACAAACUAUGACGAAAAGGUAGACACAUCAAUCAGUGCCUUCACUGACUUGAUAGUGAUGAGUGAAGCAGAUAUGCUCAUUUGUCUCAGCUCCAAAUUUCCAGCAGCUGCUAACAUGCGAUCUGGGGGCUGUCCCCAACGCUUUGCCCAACUACAAGGCCAUCCCAGGCAUGGUUUGGCGAAGACAGGGGAUAUACUGAGAAAAGCAUUCAGCAGUAGAUCUAAAACAUCCCAGUGGAGCCCCUCUCUGGACGAUGAAUCCAAGACAAGCUUCUUUGCCGCAAUACCGGGUGGCAUGAACAAUCCCUGUACCAAGGCUGCAGAUCCAAUCCGAGCUUGUUCCUGUCUUAUCAAAUUGAGCCACGCAUAG